CAUUUCUAUAGUGUUCAACAAUACAGCCGCCGACAGUAUGGCGGAAGAGAAACCGCCGCAGCUCAGCAUAGAGCCCGUAUCCAAGCCGCUUGAUCUGAUACCCGUCGUAAUCAAAGAAGCCGCUCUUGAUUCUCCCACAUUUCGCGCCACAGCUGUCCAUUACGGUGACCAAAUCGAACUGAUUGAACGAUGGCUCGAUGGCUUCAUCCGCGCCACCUCGAAGCUUGCCUCAGAAUGCAACACCAUGCAGAUGCUUGUAGAUACAUAUAUCCAGACAUCACACCCGCCACUGCAGCUCUCCGAAGCCGUCGUCGACCAUGACUACACCGUCCUGGCCCUUAAGCGCUUCGGCGAGGGCGCACGCGAGUUCUGGAAUAGCACACUGCGAAGCAUGAAGAAAGCAGAGACGGCCAUGUGCGAGCCACUGCGAGCUUUCCUUCAAAACGACCUGCGCGUGCUAAAGGAGGCGCGCAAGAACUUGGACCAAACACAACGAGCCUUUGACGGAGCCAUUGCACGUUAUGCGGGACAAGUCAAGACCAAGGAGCCGUCAUCGCUAAGGGAAGACGCCUUCCAACUGCACGAGGCGCGGCGGGCGUACCUCACAGCCAGCAUGAACUUCUGUGUCUUGGCCCCGCAAGUGCGCUUGACGUUGGACAAGCUUCUGGUCAAGGUCGUCCACGAGCAAUGGCGCGACAUGAAAAACGCCACAGACGCAUCAGGCAAGGGCUUCGCUGCGUGGACUUCGGAUGUAGAGCGUGUGCGCGGAUGGAGUAAGGAGAUGGAAAACGGCGAGCGCGUCUUUAAGAGAGAGCUCCAUCUAGCACGACAGCAGAUUGAGGGCGCCGCCGAAACCAGCGCACGACCAUCACGAGACCUAGACUCAUACGCUGCCUCCACGGUUCCCUAUCUCGGCACCGCGCCAUCGUCGGCGAAUCUGCAAUCCCCAGCGAAGCCAGAUUUUGGGAUUGAGAAGGCUGAGAAACAGGGCUGGCUCUUCCAGCGCACAAUCACAGGCAAGCCAGCGAGGACCUACUGGGUCAGGCGGUGGUUCUUCGUCAAAAAUGGUAUCUUCGGUUGGCUUACACAAGGCACUCGGUCUGGUGCAGUGGAAGAGUCUGAAAAGAUUGGAGUGUUGCUAUGCGGCAUCCGACCAGCGUUUGCAGAAGAGCGUCGCUUCUGCUUUGAGGUCAAGACCAAGGACACCACUAUCCUGCUCCAAGCCGAGACUCAGAAUGACAUCACCGAGUGGAUCUCUUCGUUUGAGGUUGCCAAACGCAAGGCCCUCGAAGACACAUCCAAAGACCUGUCAGGUGCUGGAUCUAUUGACGCUGCAUUUUCCAUUAGUCCUCCCAUUGCCCCUGAAUUCGCCGCCAAGACUUCAGAGGGAAACACUGACGACGUUGCGGGCACGGAUCGCCCAGACUCGCUGGGUUUGCCCGGUAAUGAUGGUCUUGCAGUACGCGGUAGUUUUGAUGUGCCAGCUCGGCGAGGCACUACAGUCGAAGGCGAUAGUAGCCGACGCGACCAUACUACGAGGAUCAUGGAGAAAUUAGACCUGACCCGCAAAUCAACUGUAAGCCCCCAGCUGAGUGGAAGCAACCCUUCUUCCGCCAGUGGAGGCAUCGCUUCUCUUAUUUCCGCGAGCCUUGCUUCAGCUAGUCAUAACAUGGUACAGGUCGGUCAAAUCGCUGCUCCCGCCCCUGGGCUCCCAGAUACUCGACUCGUCAUGGGCCAGACGCUUCCUUAUACCAGUCUUGCGCCUUCUACGCUGGCCAGCCCGCCUGCACCGACGAAUCUUAGUAAAGCUGCCGUUGCGGUAAGUGGUGAACGAGGUCUUGGUACUGGACGUUCGGGCAACAUGCCUGGUGGGCUCAUGGCCAACUUGUGGGGUUCCGUCAACUGGGGAUAUGUCAAUAUACUUGGACGCGAGGAGGACCUUAGUACUCGUGAUCGCAGCCAGUCCGGACCCCCAAGCCCUAUUAACCCCUCUCCAGUUGAAUGGCCAAACAAUGAGAAGGCCGAUGUAGCACCCAAACCCACCGUUCCAGCUGGUGCUGCACAUCGCAAGUCAGCCAGCAUGGGCGGACCUGUUCCAGCCAUUGUCAAGACGACACCCGAUGAAGAGGAUUUCCCCGCCGACUACCCUCUUGCUCUACGGAUGCAAGAUGCACAAUUCCGUAUAUUGUUUCCUACAGUACCACGAGCUGAGAAGGUGGUGCUGGUGUUCCGCGCUGUGUGGAAUCCUACAGAGCAGCAAGAAUUCCCAGGUCGUGUCUACGUCACAACCAAGGAUGUCUACUUUUAUAGUAAUCACUUGGGCCUCGUCCUUGUCACGGGGAUCAGCAUGGCUUCUAUCGAUGAGGUUACUGCGGCGCCCGGCAAAGACUGCGACUUCCUGUUUCUCCAUUUCAAGACUGGAUCUAGAGAUGACGGUGCAACCAGAAUUACUGUCAAGACCUUCCUCGAGCCUUUGAAGCUGCUUUUGCGUCGCAUGAAUUACCUAGUGCGUAAUACAUCCACCGCACAAACUCUUGAGGAAACAAUCAACAGGUUAAUCAGAUUCGAGGCGGAUGAUGGCCACCACUCCGCUGGUGAAGAUGGCUGGGAGGAGGUGUCACCAGACACGCCCAUGGACCCAGGAUAUGGCGGAAAGAACAUGAAGACCAGUCUGCGCAUCGAUGGUAAUUUGUUCGGGCCGUCAGGGGCCAGCGCCGCGAAGAACGCGGCCAAGUUCAAGUUGCCGUCUCAACCUGUAGUCUUCGCCCCCGCUGGGAUGACAGAAGUUGCGGUAGAGAAGGACUACGAAAUCAGUGCAAAAGCAAUGUUUCAUAUACUGUUUGGAGACAAGAGUGCAGUCUUCCAACUGCUGUACCGGGAACGAAGAGCAUCGCGUGUUGUCCAGGGCCCAUGGAUAACGAGCGAGAAGAACCUUCAGCGACGAGACUUUGAGUACGAAAUCCUGCAGCCCAGUAAGAACGGUGCUGUUGUAAUCAACGACUACCAAGUGAUCGAAGUCAUGAACGAUCACCUCUGUUACGUAGUCUCUGACCGGAAGACUCCUUGGUAUUUACCAGGUCAUGAGCGGUUUGUGCUUCUCAGCAAAAUCGUCAUUACACACGUCUCCAAAGCGCGCUGUAAGCUUGCUUUGCACACCAAGGUGGACUGGAAACGCAACCCUCGAUUUGCGAAGAAGUUAAUUGAGCGUCAAGCUCUGCAAGACAUGGAACUGGAGGCUCAAGACCUUGUUGAUGUAGUCAAUGACCAAGUUGCAAGGCUCGGUCAUAACAGAAGUACGAACAAGGUUACUGGCAUCUUUGGCCAGAUCGGUGUUCAGACUCAAGCUGUGCAAUUAGAUGCACAGGAUAUCCCACCUCCAAACCGACCGCGCAAGUUUAAACUGCGGCCACAGACAACAGCCUCGUUCAUCGCGCAGCUCAUCGGUAACAUCGUCAUCAGCGUGUUGUCAACAGUCAUGAGCUGGAUACUGGCCAUUGUCGCCGGGCUCGGAAAGGUCAUCUCAGCGCAUAGUCUGCUCUUUGGCCUUUUGCUAGUCAGCGGUGGAGCGAAUUUCUUUUACACCUCUAGAGACAGCUGGAGCUGGUGGAAUGAGCGUAACGCCGCCAACUAUCUGUCGCGGCUAGGCGUAGGCCCAUCGACUACAAUGACGCGUUCCAUAUACAUCCGCGACAUUGAAGAGUCGUUCCUUAAUACUAACACAAGCAUCGGGUUAUCAGUGCCUCUAUCUACCACUGAUAACAAAUGCCACCAAACAUUCACCACCCUCCUCAACGACCCAUCAUCGAUAAAUCCAUCACAAUCCUUCUUCAGCCCCUCCACGCAGAGCACGCGGCGCCUCCACCGCACACGACAGAACCUCGGCACUCAUCGCCACGACCUGCUCGUCGCGCUCCGUGUUGUCAACCGCAUCGAGAAGGAAGUCGUAGAAGCAGAGUACGAGAAUUGGUUACUUGAUGAGACGCACAAGUGCAGUAAAGUUGGGAAACUGCUCGAGACUGCGGCGAAAAAGGGAAAGGAGAAGCAUGUGGAGGAUUGGAAUAGGGACGUUGUAAUCAUUGCAUAG